AUGGCGUUGGCUUUGGAGCGAGCCUGGCGCUCGCUAGCCACCAAGCUCUGCUUUCGCUCGCCGACGAGGAACGCACCCGGCGGACAUGCUACGCCGACGGCGGUGGCAGAUGAGGAGACGGAGGAGGAGGACUGCGAGUCGCCGGUGUCCACGUGGCGGCUGUCGAGGUCCGGUAGUCGGAGCUCCACGAAUGUCUGCGCGAUUUGCCUGGGUGGCAUGAGGGCAGGAAAGGCAGUGUUUACCGCCGAGUGUUGCCACAAGUUCCACUUCCACUGCAUCUCUUCCAACGUGGAGCAAGGCAGCCAUGUCUGCCCGAUAUGCCGCGCCGUCUGGAUGGAGAUACCUCUCCAGGCAAAUGCCGCGCAUGGAACAACCAAGAUAAACCCGCUGGGUUGGCCCCAGCAGGAACGCAGGCUGAUCUCUCGCGUGAACCGGCAGUACGGGACGCUUCCCGUGUUCCACGAGUCACAGCCAGAGUUGGGCACCGGAAGAACACGACCCAAGGAUACAGCCGUGGGUUACGUUGAGAUCAUGGUGUACACUGAAGUCCCGGCUAUCCAGAAGUCCGUGACAAGGGAGACGUUCGACAUCUUGAUCCACCUCAAGGCUACGGCGGCGACGCCGGCGAGCUGGCCUCGCGCAGCGAUCGAUCUCGUGGCGGUGCUCGACUUGAGCGGGGGCAUGGCGGGCACCAAGCUUGUGCUCUUCACGCGUGCCAUUAGCUUCGUGAUCCAGAGCCUUGGCCCCAACAACCGGCUCUGUGUACUCACUUCCCAGCAUUCGGCUUGUAGGCUCUUCCCGUUUCGGAAGAUGACCGCGUCUGGGCAGCAACAGUCGUUGCAGGACAUUGCAGGAUGCCUCAGUACCGCCGACGGUGGCUCGGACAUCGGCGAAGCACUAAGGAAGGCUGGACGAGCAACGGAGGAUCGACAGGAGAGGAACCCCGCGUGCGGCAUCAUCCUUCUCUCCGGCAGCCAAGACAACCAUGGCGGCAGCUGGAGGCACCGAGACUACUGCUACAGUGACUCCGUCCUAGGCUCUGUCCGGCCGGGAUCAGGCCAUCACGUGCGGAUCCACGCCUUCGGGCUGGUCGUGGAUCACAGACCCAAGGUCAUGGCUAUGCGUGCCGUCGCCGAGGCAUCCGGCGGCACGUUCUCCUUCAUCGGCGACGUCGGCUCGAUCACGGACGAGUUUGCCCGGUGCAUCGGCGACCUGCGCGGUGUAGUGGCACGGGAGACGUGUCUGAGCAUAAGGUGCGUACAGCAAGGCGUGCUUCUCACCUCCAUCCGUUCCGGUGGGUGCGCGAGCACGGUGGACGACGAAAGACGGUGCGGGUCCGUCGAUGUCGGCGACCUUUAUGCUGGGGAGGAGAGGGACUUUCUGGUCACCGUGCACGUCCCUGCCGUGCUUGGUGGUCAAGACGACUCUGCUCUGAUCAUGCCGAGUUGUACUUACCGGCGGCCCGCCGCCACGGUGACCAUGGACACGGAGCUUGUCCAGGUAGAAAGCAACCCGGUGGUUGUCCGUCGCCCGACACAUUUGGUGAGCUCAUCAUCCGUAACAUCUCUCGAGGUCGAGCGUGAGCGGCAACGUCUCUACGCCGUCAAAGACAUUGCUGCGGCACGAGACGCCGCUGAGCAAGGCAAAUUCGCGAGAGCCGUGUCGAUCUUGGAAGGGAGACGGAGGAAGGUCGAGUCACGGGCAAUGCUGUGGGCAGAUGCGCGCACCCUGGCAUUUGUCGCUGAGCUGAGGGAGAUGGAGGACAGGGUAGCGACCCGGCGGCGGUACGAGGAGACCGGCCGCGCGUACAUCCUUGCGGGCCUGAGCGCCCACUCGUGGCAGCGCGGCGCCGACUCUACAGACGACCUCACCUGCCUCACACACUCUUACCAGGCGCCCUGCAUGCUAGACAUGUCCUCUCGGUCGCAGAGGCUCCUGCCUGAGGCUGUCGAGGAGAUGAACCAUUUGCCAGUCCCCGGGAUAGAUUCAACCUAUUUUGCAGGCCCAUGA